AUGGAAAAUGAUUCAGAAACACAAAUGGCUUCAAAUGACUCAACAAAUACUGAUCCGGCAAGUCUUUUAUUGGGUGAUUCAAGUAUAUUUACAAAUUCAUUAUCAUCAUCUGAUUCCAUAUCUGAAGAAGUUUAUAGAAAACAAUUAAUAGAUCAUGUACAUGAACUUAAGGCAGAAUUACAGACACGUUGUCAUUUGGAUUGGUUAAACGAAUUUGAACCUUCAGAAAAUAAUCCUAAAAUAGAACUUAAUCUUUUAUUACAUGGUGCUAUACGAGAACAAACAUUAAAACAAUUAGCAUUUUCUAAAGGUAUUGAUUUUAAUAAUAAUGAACAAAUAAUUGCUAAGAUUUUUCAAAAUGAUCAUUGUUUAUUACAACGAAUAUUUCAAGAACUUAUAAAUGAUCAACGACAACAACGUAUUAUCUAUACAGAAAUUCUUUUUCGACCUGACAUAUUCAAUUUUGGCAAUAAAAUUUCUAAUAUUAAACUCAAAGAUGUUAUAGAAGUUAUCAUUGAUUGUAUUCGUUUUUUUACAUCUACUAAUCUUGUCAAUAAUGAAAUAGAUACUUUAACAGAAUCAAAUACAAUUCUAGAUAAAACAACAAUGAAAUCUUUUUUACCUAUUCAUAUAAAAAUUAUUCUUAGUUGUAAUUGGAAUAAUAUAAAAAGUUUAAAUCAAUUCAUUUGUUUUGCUCGUAAUUAUCCUAAUGAAAUUGUUGGUAUUGAUUUUUAUGGUGAAGAAGAUGAUUGUCGAAAAUAUUGGCAUAAUUUUUAUAAAUAUACAAAAAUCUUACGUUAUUAUCGCAUACAAUAUCAAGCAACCAUGAAUAAUUAUAAAGAUUUACAAUUAAUUGAUGAUGUUAUUAAAGGUUUAAAUAUUGAAAGAUUAUAUGAAGCAUAUGAAAUAAUUUUAUCAUCAAAACAUAUGGAAAAUAUUUUAAUAAAAAGUGGUAUUCAUCUUAUUUUAUGUCCAAUAUCCAAUGUUUACACAAUUGCUAAUUCUCAAGUUAAUAAUAUUUCGUUAACAAGAACUGAAAGAAAACGAAAAUAUCAAUCAACAAGUUCAAUAAAUAAUUUGAAUAACGAAAAAAAUUCUAAUGAAUUAACAUCAUUUAAUUUAGUCAAUUAUUUACAAUCCGAAUUGAUUGAUUAUUCAAUUACAUCAUUUUCUCCAUUAUACUACAAACAGAGUUUAUCAUCUAUUUAUAAAAAUCUUCUUGAAAAAAAUAAAAAUUUUUUUACUUGUGAACAUAUGCAAUGGUUAAAUGAAAAUGCCGUUAAAUCAAGUUUUGCUUCACAAAAAUUAAAAACUGAAUUAAUUAAUUAUAUACGUGAAAAUUAUACAAAUUGUUAUCAACAAACAAAUUUUCUUCAACAAUUUCAAGAAAUAACAAAUAAAUGGCAACAAGAUAUGAAUAAUAUUAUUGAUAAAAAUGCUCAAAUAGCUUUGGAAUUUGCUACGAAAAUGCAUCAAGAAAAAAUAAUUAAACGUCAAAUUCAUCAACAACAAAUUCAAACUAAACUAUUCGAAGAAGAAGAAGAUGAUGAUAAUGAUACUAAUCAAUUAGAAUAA